UAUUACUUAGUCUGUGGUGAAAAUUGAAAAUUGAAAUCGCAUUUUCUUCAAAUUGAAAAUUGAAAUUAGUACUUAACUAAAUAAUAAAUAUUAUGUUCCUCGGUUUUUACUUUUUAGUGUAAAAUAAGUGUGUUUAGUCCACAAAAAUGUCCCCCGAACGAUAUAAAAUCGAGGUUCUAACUUUUAGGAGCCCUCAUCUUAUUUGGAUUGAAGUAUCGGAUACAAGUCUGACGAGAAAAGAGUUUGUGUUUGAACAAGUCGGUGUUUACGGAGUAUUGCCGUUAAAUAAAACGUUGGAUUUAGAAUCGAUGUGUCUUAGGACUGAAAAAUGUGAAGAAUGGUCACCAGCUGCGAACGUUUUUAUGAAAGAGUUUUUGGACAAGAAUUGUGAAGUGUGGUUUUCUCCCAUCCAUGAUGAGAAGAAUCACCUGAGAACCAUAUUUGAUGAAAGCACACACAAAUUUGGUGAUCUGCUUAUAAAAACUGAAGAUGGUAAGAAAAAAAAGCUUUCUAAACAUCUAGUAAAAUCUGGGUUUGCCUAUUAUGAUGUUUUUGAAUUCGAACAUAAACUAAAUAAUGGCAAACUAAAAACUAAAUUGAGCCCAAUUAAAACACAAGAAGUAAUUAAAGAGCUUGAGAAUGAUUAUAUGAGAACAGGCAAACCAAAAAAUAUUUGGACUAUGUCUGUUGAAAAACAUACUUCCUUGUUCCGUUUGGCACAAUUGUGUGAAGAUAUACUACCUGGGACCAAUUAUGAAAAAGUAAACCAUGAGGAAUUAAGUAAAACAUUAAAAAAUAAAUAUCAAGAUCUUGAACUAUGUAAAGAUGCUGAUGAUGAAGAGUUAGAAGAACAUUCUGAAACGGAAUGUGCAAAGCUAGCAUUAAACAGGGCCAUCUUCAAAUCACGGAAAAUUAGGAAUCCUGAAAUAAAUAUGGAUGUUGCAAAAGAAAACAAGGGAAGCAUCAUUAGUAUAAAAUUAAAACAACUAAAAGUUAAUAGGAACUCACACUCUGAAGUUGACUGUGAUAGUCCAAUUGAGGAUAAGUUUGAAAAAAAUACAUCUGUAGAUGUUGCAAAAUUUAUUGAAAAUACUAAAAUUAAAGACACAAAUGUAUCUAAAACAGAUCAGGAAAAUCUCAAAAUUGCUCAAGAAAAUUUUUCCAAGUUAGGGCAGUUUAGAAAACCUAUUGCUGAAGUUCAGCAAAACAAAGUUGAUGUCUGUAAAAAUUUUAGGGGAAAUGUAAAAUCUACCAAGGUGCAAAAUUGUAUGAUUACUUAUGGUCCACCUGGGUUAGACCCCAAGUUAAUGACAUUCCAGGAAAUGACAGUUAAAGACAAUGAUGAAGGACAUAUACCAAAUAUAUGUCUUGAAAAUGACAAAUGUUCAAAUGAAAUUGAAAUGAUGCAAGAAAAAUCUAUAAAAGAAUGUUUAAAAAAUGUUGGUCAUACAAAUGGUGUUAAAGAAAUAACUAAAAGUUAUAAAUCUGAUACAGAUGGUGGAGAAAAUAUUUGUAUAGGACUAACUUAUUUUGAAAAUGAUACUAGGGAUUCAUCUGAUAAAGUAACAUUUUCAUUAAUAGAACAUAAAUUAAAAACUUACCAAAAUGCAGUCAAACAUACUUACUAGAAAUUGUUCUAUUCUGGACAUUCUGGACACUUGAAAAAUAAAUAAUAAAGAUUUGUUGAUGUUGUAAUAGUGACAUACAUGAUACAAGUACAAGUGUUUGAAUAAGUACUGAAAUAUAAAGAUGCUGUUUAGUGGCGUCACUUUAUAAACGCAAAAAUGCGUUACCUACCCUGAGGAAACAUUAAAAACCUGAUUAACAGAUUUUUUUUCAUUUUGUCUAACUCAAAGUUUUUACAAACUCACUGCAAAGUGAUCCGAAUUUAGCUACUCCACUAAGCGCACACAUGCACAAUGUUCUAUUUACUUACAUUAUAUACAAUAAGAACAUUAGUUUUCUUAUUGGUUACAUAAAUAAGAAAACUAAUGUCGAGCAAAGCAAAAUCCACAAUAUUUGUCAGGACAACUUAAUUAACAAACUGUAACCCAAAUAAGACCCUAGAAUGGCAAUGGAUCUAAAACUCUAUUUUUUUUUGAUGUGAAACAUCUAUAGCCGCACGUAAAACCGAUUUCUGGCGUGGCGACGAAUGCUGUGGCGAUGCGUCGCCACGCUACAUGAUGGUAGAUCCACUCAUCUGAUAAGUCAAUUUACAAAAUAAAGUCGAUGUUUCACAUCUGCCAGGCGUCCCGUGACGCCUCAUUUUUUUGAUUUUGCGGAUAACCACUGUUAGCAGUUGCCUAACAGUGGCGAAUUCUGACUUUAACUAACAAUUUCUACGUGAUUUCUAUAAAAACUUUUUAAUUUACUGUUAACUUUCAUGUGGGUAGCUAAUGAGAUCUUUAUCCCGUUUUUUAUUUUAGCAGAAAGCUUCAAAAGUGAAUCUAAAAUGGAUGAUUCACAAUAUUUGUCAGGACAACUUAAUUAACGAAUUAAACUGUAAUCAAAAUAAAACCCUAGAAUGGCAGAAAAUGAAUUUGAGUGGAGUCAUGCACUUGUAAACGUUGUGUGUAGAAUUAAAGGCGCCUUUGAUUUUUAACAAACACUCCUCUUUUCCACUCAAGUCACUCUCCCCGCCUAUCCCAAUUCCCAAGUAACCCAUAAAAAAUUAAACAACAAGACAUGUGAAAGGCUCGCCCGCCACGAGUAGUCGAGUAUACUGAAGCCGGCCGGACAACGAGCGCCUUAUAUUGCAAGUCGUUUACGCCAACCGAUCGCUACCCCUCUCUAAUUCCCUACUCUUUACGGAAACAAGUCGCACCACCUAGCGUCGGCACGAACUAACACGAGAUUGAGCGACGUCAUAUCCGUCUCAGACUACUAUCUUUUGUCAGAUUAGAAAUAUUCUAAAUAGUUUUUGAGCUGUCAGUCAAAAACCGACCCCUUUAUUUUUAGUUAAUAAUUUAGUUAAUUUUUAUUUAAAGGACCUGCCUCGCUAGACGUUACUUUUCUGUCAAAGUAUAUGAUCAACGAUCUAAUGCGAUUAUAAAAACUGUCUAUAGAAUCGAUGUUAAAUAGUUGUAAUCGUGUUCGUCGAUUAAAGAGCUCCGUAAAAAUGUUUUUGUGUAGUUGAAUGGUGUAAAAAACGUGCAAAAACUUCUAGUUUAGUAUAAAAUAUAUACCAAAUCUAAGCUCGUUUUACUCAGAAAAUGACAGACAAUUUUGCUCGCGACUAUGAGUGUGAUACAGGUCCUUCUAUAAUUGGUCUGAGAUCUACAUUCAAUUCCGAAUCGAAUGACACUUCAACUAUUUUUAAAGGAGACUGAGAACUUUUUUUGACCUAAAUGGCACAUGUGAACGAAAAUAUACACCCUAAUCAUCAUAUUUAGUGUAUUAUCUAUGAUCCUACUCUAUGUUAGAGGGUAGCCUUUGAUCUAUUUAUUAUCUAUGUUUAUGCCUUUGUCUGUGGCCUUUGUUUUUUUCGUCUUUACCGGUUACCGAUUGAUUUUAUUUUAUAAACUAAAAUAAAAUAAUUUUAGUUGUUGAUUGUGUAAGGAAAAAUGGAAUAUUUCCUGAAACUGCAUACCAGCGCUGCGUGCAACAAGAAUUAAGUACAUCGAUAAGUAUUUUUUACAUCUGCCCGGCAUUUAGAUCUUGAGCACACAUAUUAUGUAUAAAAUGAAAUCGCAUUUCCUGGAAAUUCGAUGAAAAGAAAAAGUUCAGUUUUCAGCUGAACAAAGUAGUUGAUAAUAAUGUCAUCUGAUUGUUAUAAAGUAGAGGUUCUCACCUAUCUGAACCCUCAUCUAUUAUGGAUCGAAGUACGCGAUUCUAGUGUAGCGAAACAUGAAUAUGUGUUCGAACAAAUCGGUAUUUACGGAGUCUUGCCGCUGGAUAAGGCGUUGGAUCUAGAAACGGAGAGUUUUAGGAGUGAAAAAUGCGAAGAAUGGCCGCCCGCUGCAAUAGUUGUUAUAAAAGAUUUUUUGGACAAGAACUCUGAAGUUUGGUUUUCACCGACUUACAUUGAUAGGACAACAUCCAUAUUUGAUGAUAACAUACACAAAUUUGGUGAUCUAAUUAUAAAAACAAAGGAUGGUAAGACAAGAACGCUUUCUAAACAUCUACUUAAAUCUGGCUUUGCAUUCUAUGAUGUUUGUGAAUUUCAUCAGAAACUAAAUAGUGGCAAUCUAAAAAUUAAAUUGAGCCCGAUUAUAAAACAAGAAGUGAUUAAAAAUCUUGAGAAUUACUAUAUGAGAACAGACAAGCAAAAAAAUAAUUUGAAAAAGUCUGUUGAGAAACAUACUUCUAUGCCCAAUCAUGAAAAUGUAAAGAAUGAGGUUCUAAGUAGAACAAUAAAAAAUAAUAACAAAGAUUUUGAAAUAUCUAUAGAUAUUGAUGAAGAGUCAAAGUCAAGUGAGCAAGAGUGUUCUGAAACUGACUCUGCAAAGCCAGAAUGGAAUCAGAGUACAUUAACAUCUAAAUUAUUAAAGAGUAAAUUAUCAAUAAGGUCCAAAUCUUGGAAAGUUGAAGAUUUGAACCAUGCAUAUUCUCAAGUAAAAGAAUUUUCAGUCUCAAAUUCAAAUAAUGAGAAAAAAUUAAAUCAAACAUAUGAAUCUUCCAGUGCUACUGGAAAUACAUCUUCUGAAGUUGAUGUUAUAGUUGUUGGGAAAGAAAAUAAAGAAAACGCCCUUAGUAGGAAAUUGAAGUAUUUUCAAUUACAAAAUGUUAAGAGAAACAUACACUCUAACCCAGAUAUUGAUAAAACAAUUGAGGAGAAGGUUGAACAAAAUAUACCAGUAGAAGUUGCAAAGUUUAUUGAAAAUACUAAAAAUAUCAUAAAAGCAGAUGUUUCUAAAACCGAAAAUAAACAUAUGAAAAAGAUUUUUAAGACAAGAGAAUUUAGAGAACCAAUUACAGAUGUUCAGCAAAACAAAGUUGAUGUGUGUAAAAAUUAUAGAGGAAAUGUUAAAUCUAAGGCGCAAAAUGGUACGAUUGCGUACGGCCCGCCUGGGUUAAACCCUACGUCUCUGAAAAUCCAGGAAAUAAUUGUUCCAGCCAAUGAUGAAGAACAAGAACCGCAAAAAUAUCUUGAAAAUUAUGAAUGUUCAGAAAAACGCGAUUGUAUGUACGAUGACGUCGAUUCUGUAGUAAGCGUUGAAAUUACAAAAGAAGAAUCCUUAAAAGAUCAUUUCAAAAUUCUUAAUAAUGUUGGCCAAGCACAAGAUUGCUUGGAAAAUAACACCUGGGAUAAUUCACCUAAAAUAAACAAUAACAAGAUAAUCAAUAAGGAAAUUAGUUCUCUAAAUAGUAGUGAAUAUAUUAACAGUGAUGCUACAACUGAUACAACUACAUAUUCAUUAGACAAUGAUAAAUUAAAAUUUCGUCAGAAUGCAGUUAAACACAAUAGCAACUUUUCUACUUCUGACACUUCAAAUAAAGAGUCCUCUAGUGAUAUUAGUUUCAACAAAGAAUCAGAUGACGAAAACAUAGAAAAAAUAAUUGAAAACCUAAACUUAAAAUAUAAGGAUGAUAUUAUAAUUAAAAAAGAAAAUAUAUCAACAAAUCUUGUAGUUGAUGAAGUUAAACUUAAAAAUAAUGUAAAUCCAUUUAAAAAUAUUGAUCCAAAUAUAUCGGUUUUUGUUGAUAAACUUGUAUCUUCGGUGGUUAUGGUACACUCUAAAAACGAUAAUCGUAUUCAACCAGUUUUCGAUAUGAAUGACAUGUAUUUCAAUAAUCAUGUUCAUAAUAUUCUUAGAAACAUGUCCAUAGAACGGCCCAAGAUGUUGCAAUCCAUAAUUUGGCCUGUAAUUUUGCGAGGUUAUAGUUUAUUUAUGAUCAGUCCUAUGGGCAGUGGAAAGACAUUAGGUUAUUUGCCAGCUGUGUGUAGACUAGUUAAUGAUUCUAAAUCCUUAUCGUUAGAGAGUUUUGGCCCAGUGGCCAUAAUAGUUUGUGCUACAGCACAAUCUGUUACAGAGGUUGAGAGAAUGGCAAAAAUUUUUACAGAAUCGAAGGAAAAAGUUUUAGCAUGUUAUGCAGGUGUAGAUCCUUUGUAUAUAACAACAACUUUGUUAAAUGGAUGUGAUCUUCUGAUAAGUACACCAUCAUGCCUUGUUAGAUUGAUGCAAUCUUCAGAAUUUGGUGUGAGCCUGAGGAAUCUUUUAACUUUCGUCCUAGAUGAUUGUGAACGUUUGGCAGAAGUAUAUGCUGAUGAAAUAAAAUUUUUCACACAUCAAAUCAAGGAAAUGCUAAAAAUGAGAGCUAAUAAAGAAUUUAAAGUACAAUAUAUCAUUUCCUCUAGGACUUGGUGUAAAUUUAUGGAACCGUUGACAAAGAAAGUUCCUGAUACUGUAAUUUGUAUUGGUGCAUUUCAAGAAUGUGCCUUGUAUUCCAAAACUAAUACACUGGUGUCCUUUGUUAAGAAAGAAAAUAAAGUUGACUCGGUAUUUACAUUUUUGAAGGACAUAAACACUUCUAAAAAGACCGUUAUAGUUUGUCAGACGGAUGACGAAGUAGCGUUGCUGGAAAAAGCGUUGAAAAGAUCUAAACAUGUUGUUUUCUCAUGUAACAAUGAUAUGACCAUUCAUGAUUUGUAUAAUUUGAGUGUUUCAUGGGCAGAUUAUGAAGAACCUUUGACAGGUCCUAUUCUUAUCUGCUGUGACGGUAAUUUAAUGCACAUGAAUAUUACCGAUGCUCACAAUUUAUUACAUUAUUCAAUGCCAUCAUUGUUUUCAAUGUUCUGUAAACGUUUCUCAGUUUUAAAUGAUCACUACCCUUCCAUUUUUAAAGCAGUGAAUGAAAAUGUAAAAAUAAAAAUUCUAUUAGAAGAAAGCAACUCAGAACAGUUGCCAAAAAUUUUAAACUUUAUAAAACGUUGUACUUCCAAUGUCCCUAAAGUGUUAGAUGAAAUCUCCUCUAACAUUUUAGUGGAAAAGGAUAAAACUAAAGCUAAAAACUUUUACCCAAUUUGUGACACACUUUUAACUUUAGGAUAUUGCCCAGAUAUUUAUAAUUGUCAAGGAAGGCAUACAAUUUUAAAAGAUUAUGAUGCUCCUAAAGCCUGGCUGCCUAAGGAAGGUACAAUAACAUGUAAAAUUCUCUACUACCAUUCUGCUACCCUAUAUUCUGCAAGACUACUAUCAUGCACAGUUGACGGUACUACUACAAACUAUCCCCAAACAUAUAGCAAUCUUUCAAUGAAAAUGGGGGUGUAUUAUAGUAAAGACUCUAAUAAAAAACUUCACGGUACACCUAAACUUGGUGACGUGUGCGCGACGUCAAUAACACAAAAUUUUUAUCUACGAUGCAUAGUGUUAAAGAUAUUAAGUAAAUAUGAAAGAGGAAAUCCUAACAAGGUAUUAGUGAAACUUAUUGACGAAGAAAGGUUGGAAGUGACAAGGGAUAUUUAUCUCUAUCACCUACCAGAAGAGCUUAAGCAGAUCGAAUCACGAGCUGUACAUGUCAGAUUGGCUAAUAUAGCACCAAAAGACAAAGAUAUAACUUUUUCAGAUUUAGCUAGAGACAAAGUAAAAAAUUUAAUUGAGAAGGAACCAGAUUUAUUAGUUCAAGGUAAAGUGGCCCUGACAAUUGGCAACACCAUAUUCGUCAAUACACUUGAAGCAUGUCAAGAUUUGACUUCUCUGAACGAAGUAGUAGUGAAAUGCCGUUUGAAAAAGGAAUUACUGGAGGAUAACCAUGCUAUAACAAAUCCGGAACAUUUGAUCAAACUUCAGAAAUUGUGUUUUGAAAGCGGAUUGAAGCAAGAGUUAAAAGAAACACUACCAGAUGUGUCUAUUAAAAAUCUUCCUAGAGGUACAUGGGCACAUUUAGAAAGCAAUGUUAUAUCAGAAGUGUUCUUUACAUCGGCUAUUAGCCCUGACAAAUUCUUUGUACGUCUUGACAAAUUCCAGUCUUGCACGAAUGCUCUUAUACAAGAUAUUAAGAAGUAUGUUGAAACAAACCCGGCUCGUUGUGACAGUGUGAAAGAAGGAGAAAUAGUCUUAGCGAAAUACCCCGAUGACGGGGCAUACGAACGUGCUAGAAUCGACGAUAUCAAGGAGGAGACAGCUAAAUGCUUUUUCGUCGAUCAUGGAGAUUGGAGGGAAAUUCCUCUAAAUGAUUUGGUAGCAAUCACUGAGCAGUUAAUAAAUCGGUUACCUUUUCAGGCUAUCGAAUGUCGGCUGGUAGGAAUUCAACCGGCAGGUAAUCAAUGGACGGAUUUUAGUACAUUUUGGUUCAUAGACAGAUGCGAUAAUGAUAGUGGAGAUUUAAAAUAUUUAUUUGUUAAAUACUACACCAAAGAGCCAGCAGAGUUUACUGAUGGUCAUAAAUACAGUGUCGUCGUAAUCGACACUAAUACAGAACAAGAUAUUAUUUUAAACCAGUUGAUGAUAGAUUUGAAUCUUGCCCAGGAGAAACAUAGUGAGAUAAAAUAUCUUGAUGAUCCCGAAUUAAAGAAACCAGAUUUAAACAGAUUGGCAAAUGAAAAACACUCUAGUGAUGAAGAUGAUAAUGAAAAAGAACCAGAUAAUGACAAUAACGAUGAAAAUUGCUUAGUUCGAUCAAACAGUAAUAUAUUGCCUAAGGCUCCGAUACGAUCUGUUCCUCUCGUAAAUUCUGAUAACGAAAGUGAUGAUUCAGAUAAAUGGGAUGUAAACAUUGGGGAUAACAUUAUGGAUUUAUUCCCAGGACUAAAGGACCUUAAACAGAUUAAAGAUAAUGUGCCUCAAGGUGCUACUGUAGACACUGUAAAAAUCGCAGAAACUUCUAAUAAAGCUAAAGAUGAUAAUAAAAAAGCGAAAAUAAUUGAAUUAGACUCCGAUGAUUUGACUUCGCCAGAUGAUACGUUUGAGUUCUCAGAAACGCCCACUAAGCCUAUAUUGAAUAAUGUAAAAGGACCAGCAAAGUCUGUUUCAGAUAUGAGAGAUAAAGAAAAGAAGCCAGGUCCAGGACUGAAUGAUAAAACAAAUAAAAGCAGUGAAGCAGUAUUAAAUUUGCUUAGUGAUAUGCCAUUGACAAGACGGCCCAAGUUAGUGUGGCGUCAGAACAAAACGUCAGUUAAUGUUAAAAUACAGAUAAUAGGAGCGGACGUGUACAGAAUAGAUAUAGGUGAACGUACUAUAGAUUUUAGUACGCACGUUUACGAUACAGAUAUUGCGUUUAAUAUAGAACUAUAUGGCCUAGUUGAUAAGGAUAGUUGUACGCAUGUGAACAAGGGACAAUAUAUUUUGAUUAAGCUGAAAAAAGUUUUAACCAAAAACUGGUUAACUUUGACUAGAGACGGCGGUAUUAAAAAGUGGAUCGUGUAUGACGUUGAUGGCUUAGAUGCUUCCUCUGAUGAGGAAACUAUAGACGAUAGUAUGAAGCAUAUUGUUCAAAGUAUGCACGAGAACGUCGACAGUGAGAGUGAAGACGAGGAUAUCGACGACGAUAUGGGCAGUCGAUACAGAAAAUACUAGCGGAUAACGGCUGGUCUCUACGACUCGUAACGUAACGAAAGCGGCAUUAUCGACCAAUAGCAAAGGUUACGAUAAUAUCGCUCUCUUAACGAACGAUUUUAUUAUAUUUUAAGUAAGAUUAAUCAAUAAUAGGCAGAGCGUACGGAACACGACGGUGUCGUAGCCGCUCCAAAUACAAAAUCUAUAAACGAAUACAUUCUCGAGUCAGUACGACACGAAACGUCGCAUCAGUAACAUUCAAGAAAAAUGGAAAAAAAAAGUUUCGAUGUCAAGGGGACGCGUGAAAUGUUUCGUGAAUAAAAGCCUGAAAUCUGAAUAUGGGGGUAAGUGCCCCCAUAUUAGGGGUAAGAUGAAAAGUUGUAAAAAAAAGUUGUUGCAAACUGCAUCGUGUGAACAACGUGCAACAACAUCAUCAACAACAACAACAACAACAACAACAACAACAACAAGAAGUAUUUAAAAAAUAGAUGAAACAUAACCAUUCCCCCCCCCCCAUCUCCAAACUCAAACAUUUUGAAAAAAUACAGAAGUUAGCUUUUUACUUGAAAACAUUUAAACUGUAAAAUUUGAAGUUAACAGUAGUAAGUUAAGUUAUACAUGAAGUUCACUUUAGGGGGGCAACGUAAAAUAGAAAACUCAAAUUUUUUUUUUCAAACAUUGACACCCCUUUUUUGAAACAUUUCUAAAGAACAAAGUUACCGUGUACCUAUAUUAAAUAUGUACCUACUUAUUUUUAAAUGGAAUAUAAACAAAGUAUCACGUUACGGUUUUUCGGGUUUUAAACCCUUACGUAAGGUACUAAUUAAUUUUACUAAAUUGUUUUUGUUUUAUUAUUUUACUUUAAAUUUUGCCAUAUCUUGUAAAUAUGUAUUUGGAUCAAUAUUCCCAUUCCAUUUCCAAUUAAAUAAAAAUAAAUAUUUUUGUUUGGAAAAGCAAUAAUACGUAGUAAGUAAAUAUAAUUAAAUGUUUAAGAAAAAAAUUAAGUGUUGUAAAAAUGUAUUUAGUUUCAAAAUUAUAGUGUUAUAAAACGUGUUUUUAUUCCGAUUAAUAUUUAAAGUGUCAUUCUUAGUUUUAACUUUUAACUAUAAUAUACACGUAUAGCGAUCACUUUAAGGGAUGAUAGUAGGGAUCAUUAGCUACAUCAUCCCUAAAAGUAAAUGCUAUACGUUUCCAGAGACUGUAGAUUAUUCAUUUUAUUUGUAAAAUUAUGAUAGUUGAGAAGAUGUUUAUGUUUGUAUUUAUAAAUCCUUGCACCAGGAACAAAUUGUUUAUUGGUGACCAUAGUUUUUACUGGUGGCGCGUUUUCUUUCCAAGCCAUCUUCCAGACUUAAGUGCGUCCGAUAGCAAAUAAGCCUCCUGAAAAUUGUCAGACAAGGUCGAGGUUGAUUUAAAAAGUCUUUUUUUUUAUCUAGUCUAAUAAUCUGUUCUAUAGUUGUAAUAUUUAUUCAUUUUAUAGUUUCAAGUUUUCUACUUUAGUUAUUACCAUUAUAACAUUACCUGACGUUUCAAAACUACUUGAAAUAAAUUUGUGUUGCUUCGUAUAUAAAAAAAAAAUAUUAACUUGAGUGCCGAUUUUUGUCAACGACAGUCUGGAACAUGGUUUGGAAGGAAUAUCCGUUACGUCAUAGUUUUGUCAUACUCUUGUACCUCGUGUCGUACCUCUACGCGUCCUCGCCUCGCGUGCCUAAAACCGCUCUGAAGUUCUGAACGCGAGCGCCGUGAGUGGCGAGACGAACUACGAGCGUACUGUUUACACCAUUUGGAUUUUAGCUCUGUCUGUUCUGGUUUACACACUCGCCCCGUACUUCGCUUCGCGGCUCGUCUCGAAGCUCGCGCGAGAGUGUAAGUGAGGUAUCAGAGUUGCCGUGAAUAUCACAUUUUAGCCUCAGAAGUGAUUACAAAAAUAAUAAAAUAAUGUCGAACAAAGGUUAUGAUUCACAACAUUUGUCAGGACAACUUAAUUAACAAAACAAACUGUAACCAAAAUAAGAUCCUAGAAUGGCAGAGAAUGACCUUGAGUGAAGUCACGCACUUGUGAACGUUGUGAGUAGGGUUAAAGGUAGCUUUGACUGUUAACAAACACUCGCCUUUUCCACUCAAGUCACUCUCUCCGCCUAUCCCAAGUAACCCAUAAAGAAUUACACAACAAGAGAUGUGGACGGCUCGAACGCCACGCCCACGAACACACUGAUUUUCUACUUUGAGAAGGUGUCGAAUAUUGCCAUUGAUAACGUAAAUUACCCACUUUUAAUAAUAAUUCGCAAAAAACGAAUGUCUUGGUAACUAACAUUUUUUUUUAAAUUAUUGUAUGCAGGGUUAUUAUGUAUCUCGGUGUACUAUUCUAAUAAUGAGUCACUACAACGUCUUUCAUCGUAUUUAUUUAUCAGUUAUUUUAACGAAAUGACCUUGACUACGUCAUUUUUCAUCUAACGGUAGUAGUUGUUUUUGUUUUAUGGUCAUUUCACACGGUCUAUGACCGUAAAAUAAAAUUACAUAUAUAGCUAACGGUUUUUUCGUUGAAAUCGUGAUCUUAGUCGCUAACUAUGGGCCACAUGAGAAGGCUCAAAGUCACUCAGCGGGCGAUGAAGCGAGCUAUGUUGGAAUUUCUCUGCGUGAUCGAAUCAGAAAUGAGGAGAUCCACAAAAGAACCAAAGUGAAUUUUGUUUUUAUGCUGCUGAAGUGGCAAUGGGCAGGACAUAUAGUUCGAAGAGCCGAUGGACGUUGGUGUGUAUGAAUAAAGUAUAAAUGUAAUAUGCUGGAAUGGCGACCCCGCACCGGAAAGCACAGUGUUGGUCGACCCCCCACUGGGUGGACAUAGGAUGUCAAGCGGGUUGCAGGGAGCCGCUGGAUGCUGGCGGCUCGAGACCGUCGUGCUUGGAAGUCCAUGCAAGAGGCCUAUGUCCAGCUGUGAACGUCCAUCGGCUGGCAAAUACCACGUUUUGAGGCGUUAAAAUUAAUAAUUAAUGUGGGUUUAGUUUGCAAUUACCUAUUUUAGAAUUUAAGUAUUUACUUAAGUGUUUGAUUGUAGUGAUCUCUCUACUUGUACGGGAGAUAGAUUCUACUGAGAAGAGCUGGUAAGAAAGCCAGCCUUUUUUUAAAAAAAAUAUUAUUUGUUACACUGUUUUUCUUUUAAUCUCAUUUCUAAGUCUAAGGAAAAUACUAUUUCUGUUCUCAUUAAAGAAUAUAUCUACUAAAAAA